CACAAACAGCCAGGAUCCAAACUUCCGUGUGACUCCACACCCUGUUUUCCGGGGAGCCAGUGGAGAUCCAGCCCUUCAAACACGCUGCUCUCUUACGUCCCGUCCGUGAGCAGUGAGCUGGCCGCGGCGGAGAUUUCUCCUUCUGGUCGGAUCUUAUCUUUUCUCCAACUGAGGCUCUUUUCUUGUCUUUUUACGCGCUUUGGCAGAUAUCGGAGUAGUGAGGUCGGCGCGUUGGUGCUCAGUCGGCAGCAGAUCUUUUUGUCCUUGCGCUGCGCCUCCGUGGCAAUGGAUUGAUUUCAGUGUUUUUUCUCCGACCUCUGCCUCGACCAAGUUGAGAAAACAGUCUCUCUAACCUGCGGCUUUUUUUUUUUUUCUUUUCUUCUUCCAGCUACAUGUUUCAUCCGGCCACUUUUAAAAGUACCUGGCUCCGGAUGUUUCUGCACAUUUUAGGACUUUGAACUUUUUGGUUUUUUUUCUCCUUGUGCAUUUACAGGAGGUGGAUUUUAAGGAUUCCUUUUUUUCUUUUUCUUUUUUUAAUAAAAAAAAAAAGCUUCUCCGGGGGUUCCUGAAGCCUGCAAAGAUUUAUUUGUGAAAAGUGAUGGCCGAGCGGGGAGCUCUGUCGCUCCUCUCUCUCCUCUGUCUCACCUUUCUCCACACCGAGACCGCGGCGGCUAAGCAUGUCGACAAAGGUUCAGCAGCGCAGCCCUUCAGCCCCUUCUGGUUCACAGUGGAGCCCCAGGACACACUGGCCAUUCGGGGCAACUCGGCACUGCUCAACUGCUCGGCCCACAGCGACUCGGCUACGACGGCACGCAUAGAGUGGAAGAAAGACGGCACCUUCAUGAGCCUGGUUUCAGAUGAGAGACGACACAUACUUCCCGAUGGCUCGCUGUUCUUCAACCAUGUGGUCCACUCUAAGCACAAUAAGCCUGACGAGGGCACCUAUCAGUGCGUUGCCACUAUCGACAACCUGGGAUCCAUUUCCAGCCGCACGGCCCGUCUCUCCGUAGCAGGGAUGCCCAGGUUUGCCAGCCAGCCAUCGUCGGCCACUGUGCAUCAAGGGAGCAGCCAUGUGAUGCCAUGUGAGGUCAAUUCAGAUCUGGUGCCCUUCACUCGGUGGGAGAAAGACCGCCAGCUGCUGGAGUUGAGCACCAGGCUGGUCCAGCUGCCCAGCGGAGCCCUGGUGAUCAGCAACGCCUCGGAGGCCGACGCUGGGCUUUACCGCUGUCUGGUCGAAAAUGUUGGGCCGUCCAAGUCCAGUGAUGAGGCUCAGCUCCAGAUAGUUCCAGAAACUGGAGAAGACAGAAAGCUGGAGUUCCUGGUGCAGCCUGUGUCUUUGACCAAGGUGGUGGGCGCCAGCGUGCUUCUGCCCUGCGCGGCCACUGGUUACCCAGUGCCGCACAUCCGUUGGAUGUUUGGAGACAAGCUGCUAGAAGAAAGUGAGGGUCGUGUGGAGCUGCUGGGAGGAGGUAGUCUCCAGAUCUCCAACCUUACAGAGGAGGAUGCCGGCAUCUACACCUGCAUGGCGGACAAUGCCAACGCAACCAUCGAAGCCCAGGCCCAACUCACCUUACAAGUUCCUCCCCAGUUUGCCAAGCGGCCAGCCAACAUUUAUGCCCAUGAGUCCAUGGAUAUCGUCUUUGAGUGUGAGAUUUCAGGCUCACCAGCUCCCACUGUCAAAUGGGUCAAGAAUGGAGAUGCUGUCAUCCCCAGUGACUACUUCAAAAUAAUUAAGGAGCACAACUUGCAGGUUCUAGGUCUGGUCAAGUCAGAUGAGGGUUUCUAUCAGUGCCUUGCAGAAAACGAUGCAGGCAACAUCCAGUCCAGCGCACAGCUCAUCAUCUUAGAUCACGACGUAGCCCUGCCCUCUUUCCCUCCCCCUUCACUGACUCCUAACACUACUGACCAUGUAACGCCAGGCUCCGGAGGCGUAGCCAGUCCAGCAGGGCCCACUCCCUCUGGUCCCCGAGAUGUCGUGGCUUCGUUGGUUUCCACCCGCUUCAUCAAGCUGACCUGGCGCCCGCCGGCCGAACCCCACGGAGACGAGUUAACCUACUCUGUUUUCUACAGCCAGGAGGGCACUAGCAGGGAGCGAGUAGUGAAUACCAGCCGUCCGGGCGAGAUGCAGGUCACCAUCCAGAACCUCAUGCCAGACACCAAAUAUCGCUUCAGGGUUGUGGCCCACAACAGCAACGGCCAGGGAGAGAGCUCUGCAGCGCUCAAAGUGGCCACCCAGGCUGAAGUCCAAGUGCCGGGCCCUGCUCCUAACCUGCAGGCAGUGUCGAACAUGCCAACCUCGGUCUCUCUGAGUUGGGACAAACCCGUCACUGGCAACGGAGAGAUCCUCACCUACAAGUUGUACUACACAGACAAAGGCAUUGGCACUGAACAGGACGUUGACGUCGACAGUCAGUCGUAUACCAUGACCGGGCUGAAGAAGAACACAGAGUACAGUUUCCGUGUGGUGGCCAACAACAAGCACGGUCCAGGUGUCUCCACUGAGGACGUUGUAGUUCGCACUCUGUCUGACGUACCGAGUGCUCCCCCUCAAAACCUCACCCUGGAGGCCCAGAACUCAAAGAGCAUCAUGCUUCAGUGGCAGCCCCCACCCCUUAGUGGUCAGAAUGGGGAGAUCACCGGCUACAAGAUCCGAUACCGGAAAGGAUCCCGGAGGAGCGAAGCAGCCGAGACCACUGGAGGCACCCAGCUUUUCAAGCUCAUCGACGGUCUGGAGCGUGGAACAGAGUACGCCUUCCGGGUGUCGGCCACGACGGUGAACGGCACGGGACCGGCUACCGAGUGGACCACAGCGGAGACAUUUGAGAGCGACUUGGAUGAAUCACGUGUGCCAGACCAGCCCAGCUCCCUCCACGUCCGACCCCUGGUCAACAGCAUCGUGGUGAGCUGGACGCCGCCAGAGAACCAGGACAUUGUGGUGCGCGGUUACACCAUCGGCUAUGGCAUCGGCAGUCCCCAUGCUCAGACUAUCAAAGUGGACUACAAGCAGCGCUACUACACCAUCGAGAACCUUGACCCCAGCUCUCACUAUGUGAUCACACUGAAGGCCUUUAACAAUGUGGGUGAGGGGAUUCCUGUGUAUGAGAGCGCCAUCACCAGACCACAGUCAGACCCCAUAGACCCCGAUAUUGACAUCUACGACCAUAUCCAUGCUUCAUACACCCCAGUACCAGACCCCUCUCCCAUGAUGCCUCCUGUGGGCGUUCAGGCCUCCGUGCUGAGCCACGACACCAUCAAGGUGACCUGGGCCGACAACUCGCUUCCCAAGAACCAAAAGAUCACAGAUAACCGCUUCUACACAGUGCGCUGGAAGACCAACAUCCCUGCCAACACUAAAGUGAAGAUGGCCAACACCACUAGCCUGAACCACAUGGUGACGGGAUUGAAGCCCAACACACUGUAUGAGUUCUCCGUCAUGGUGACCAAAGGCCGCCGCCUGAGCACGUGGAGCAUGACUGCACAGGGCACCACCUUUGAGACCAUUCCCAGCUCCUCCCCCAAAGAUGUGACCGUGGUGAGCAAAGAGAACAAGCCUCGCACCAUAAUUGUCAACUGGCAACCUCCCUCUGAGGCCAAUGGAAAGAUCACUGGCUAUAUAAUUUACUACAGUACAGAUGUAAACGCUGAGGUCCACGACUGGGUUAUUGAACCAGUCGUGGGCAACCGCCUGACCCACCAGAUCCAGGAGUUGACGCUGGACACCACCUACUAUUUCAAGAUCCAGGCCCGAAACUCAAAGGGCAUGGGCCCCAUGUCUGAGGCCGUACAUUUCCGCACUCCUAAGACUGAGUCCUCUGACAAAAUGGCUAAUGACCAAGCUUCAAAUCUUCCACCGAAGCCAGGGCCUUCAGGAAACCAACAUCCACAGGACCAUGGAAAUGCAGUUGAUAAAUCAGGGGUGGGAGGCAAUACUGAAAAUCACAUCCUGGUCAUUGUCAUCAUCGUCUCAGUGGGAGCCUUCACCAUCAUCGUGGUGGUGGUUGGGGCCUUCCUGUGCACACGGCGCACCACGUCCCACCAGAAAAAAAAGCGUGCUGCCUCAAAGUCCUCAAACGGCUCCCACAAAUACAAGGGAAACUCCAAAGACCUGAAGCCACCUGAUCUUUGGAUUCACCACGAGAGGCUGGAGCUCAAGCCCAUGGACAAGUCGCCAGACCCCAACCCAGUCAUGACCGAAACGCCAAUCCCGCGCACCUCGCAGGACAUCACGCCAGCUGACAGCAACCUGGACAGCAACCCCCACCUGCAGCAGCGGCGUAACUCCUACCGUGGCCACGAAUCAGAGGACAGCAUGUCUACACUAGCAGGCCGACGAGGGAUGAGGCCUAAAAUGAUGAUGCCUUUUGACGCACAGCCACCUCAGCCUGUGAUUAGUGCUCACCCCAUCCAUUCCCUUGAUAACCAUCACCACCAUUAUCACAUGGGCAGCCUGGCGUCGCCGACACGCAGCUACCUCUACCACCAGGGCAGCGGGCAUCCACGCCCGCACGCCUGCGCCACCCCCAUCUCCCAUCUAGACAGGGUGGACUCUACAGAGUCGGUGAGGAAUACCCCCAGUUCAGAGCCCCUCCCUCCAGCCACCGCCUCCUCCCAGGUGUCCUGCCCCUCGGAGAUCAUGGCCGACCCCGAGGGCAGCUACCACGGCUCCACCACCACAGAGGAGGAGCCCAGCUACUCCAGCAACCUGCCCCCCCACCGCUCAGCCCACCCGCACGCCCACGCCCACCCACUCAAGAGCUUCGCCGUACCUGCAAUCCCAGCCACCAGCCAUCCAUCAUACGAGUCACCUGCCCUGCCCAGCACUCCCCUGCUGGCUCAGACCGGGCCUCCCUCUCACCCCCACGUUGUUAAAACAGCCUCUAUUGGAACACUAGGAAGGACACGAACACCGAUGAUAGUCACCGUGCCCAACGCCCCUGAUGUGCCAGAGACCAGCAAGAUGCUGGAAGAUGUAGACAGCAGCUACGAGCCCGACGAGCUGACCGAGGAGAUGGCCCACCUUGAGGGCCUGAUGAAGGACCUGAACGCCAUCACCACAGCGCCAUGAGCAUGCACACACACCUUCACACAUGCAGACACACUUUCUCUGUCAUCCACACACACACACACACACAUACAGAAAGACACACUCUCGAAAGUCAAACAAACGUAACGAAACAUAAACCUUGGGAGCCAGAGGCUGGUGGACACAAAAUGGCUUCUUGUGCCCAAGAAAAACUCUCACAUCCCCCUGCAGAGAAAAAAAAAACAAACAAACUCCAGACUGAAACUUAGGAACUUUUUUUCAGCUUACCUUGCUCAGUCUCAGGAAGGAGAUUGCCAUGAGAGGGAAGAAAAAGUGUCACACUUCAUCUUUUUAUGAAGAACCAUUCUCAGAGACAAUGAACUUUAAAACAUUGGUCGCUAUCAACCGGAAGAUUGUGAAUUUUUUCCUCAGCAAAAAUACGUACGGUAGGUUUUUUUGUUGCUAACGCUCACUCAAGAUGAGACAACGGUUGAUUCAAUGUCAAGUCAAAAGGAGAAAGUCCAAAAAUAUGCUGGUUUUGUGGCGCAGUCUACACACAGUGUUUGUUUGAUUAGUGUUUUCUUUGUGCAUUUUGUAUAUCUAUUGGGCCGUUUCAGUGAAGUGAACAUUGGAUAUCAGCCCCCCCUUUACAAGCCGACAUUAUUCAUAAACGUGGUAAUUUUUUUUGGUUUUUACCCCCUUGUGUCAUAUAUUGUGCCAUGACUUUUUAUUAUUUUCUAUGUUAUUGUAUUAUUUUUUUACACACAUAUCCUUAUAAACCUGUACAUAUGUUGUGUUUUUUUUAAACUGCCUCGUUCUUUUGAUGUCUCCCAUAUUUCAUUAUUAUUAUUUGGGAUGAAAGUGGGAUUACAAAUGAGUCCUGAAGCUCAGUUUUCAUAUCAAAAGGGGAGAGAAGCCUGAUGUGUUUCUACAGUACAUUCUUCUCUGGCAUUGUGUUGCCCGCUUUGUACAAUAAAACGUCUUCUUUUUCAGUCUUUUGUUUGUUGUGGGAGCUCCGUUUUAAAAGCCUUACCAACGUGUUUGUAUGUUGGACAGUCGCUACGACUCGGCUCUCUGCGGAUGACGCUUGGAGUUGUGCUGUCACUCACUGCCGGUGACAGGCAGUUUCUAUAUAGAUCUGUGGGACUUGACAGUAUCUCCUCACAGGUCAGGGGUACCAGGACUCAGGGCGCUGACCCCCCACCCCUACUAAAAAACAAACAAAACAAAAAAAAACUCACAUGCCACCCAAUCAAUCAAUCACCUGCAACAGACGAGUUAUCUUUUUUACGAGAAGUUCGGUCGAAUAUGUGUGUCGUUUCAAAAAACCAAUAUUUGGUUUCAGACGUCUGUACUGCUGAACCAUGUGUGCAUUUUCCCACAGCGGAGUGUGUUUGCUGUAUUUUCCUGCUGUUCUUCAUCAGAUGCCCUGGUUCUUUUACAAAAUCUUAUAAGAUGCAAAGAUGUUGGCCUUUUGAAUGGGACUCCCAGAUUUUUUUUUACAUGGUAGUUUUUGUAUGAAGAAGAAAAAAAAGAAGCUUGUUCUAUACACAAAUCCGAUGUAAAAAGGAAAAAAAAGUUCAUCUAAGAAACUAGUUUUUCAUUAUCCUCUUACCCAAAGAAAUUUGUCAUUUGCAAUCAUAGUAAUUUGCUCUACUUUUGUGAAUACCAUGUUUCUCAUAAAUGUACAUCGUCAUGAAUGUCAAUAUAACUGUAAGAGAUUUUAACUAUGGAUACAAACAAGGAACAAGUUUUGGGGAAAAAAUUAUUGAGAACAAACUGGGGGGAGAAAAAGGACCGGACUCCAUUUGGGAAAUAAUCUAUUGAGUUGUAAACAGUUGAACCUGUAUUGCACUUUUUCACAAUUUUUGAAAAGUACAUUUCUUACAUAUCUUGUGUUUUAAAUAUCAAAAAGCUGUUUGUGUAAUGUAGUGUCCUAGGUAAGCAGCAGGCAGCUGGUCUUGUUUUUUAUGUUUUGUUUUUUUUUUUUUGCUUCAGAGAUGAUAUGAAUUUGAGCAGCUGAGUUGUUCACUUCGCAGCUCAUGAUGAGGAAUUCUGUUGUUGCUUGUUCAUGUACAGAGCUUUCUUUGCUUUCUGUAGAAAAAAAAUCUGUGGCUUUUUAAAAAAUGUUGAAAAAAGGUUUGGAAAAAAAUAUGUUUUUUUAUUGGUGCUCCUAUACAUUGUGUAUACAAACUAUUAUGAAUACUAACAAAGUAAAUGUU